ACUCACCCGCGAAAGGAUGCAGGUUUCCACAAGCUCCAAUACUCACAGAAACCUCUGGAACCAGAGUUGUUCAUCUCUCCAGCAUCAACAAGCAGCCAUUCCUCUUCUUCUGGUUUUAAGGAAGAACCAGCGAUUUCUGCGACUCAUCCACCCAUCUGUCUCCCCAUCCAUCCGUUUGUGAAGCACUUCUCUGUCUGUUCCACCUUCCCCCGAGCCCCCCCCCCCCCCUCUCCCUGUCUCUGAACCACCCCCCUCACCCAGCUCAGCCCAUGACAGGAGAGAAGCCAGCAUGGCAUUCUCAUCACGCUUUUCCUUCUGGGAGCAAAAGGUUAAAGAAGAUGCCAAGCCUGGUGCCAAGAGUUCAAAUGGGGGUUCAGACAGCGAUGGAAGCAUGAGUAGCCGAGCUCAGUCUGUUUCCUGUCUGGACCCCGGCAAGGGCUUGUUCCGUGCCAAAAGCCCACAACCGCUGGCUCCCGCACAGCCCAGCUCACGGGUUCACAGCCCAUCACCACCCAGGGUCCGCUCACCUGUCAAGGUGCCCGAACGCUUCAAAAGCCUGGAGCCCGAGUUGAGGAUGCUCGAGAGGCAUAAGAGUCCUGAAACGCCCCGAGCUCCCAUGAGCCCAGAGCCGGUGCUGAACGGCGAAAGCAAACAAAACGGGGCAGUGAACGGUAGUGCCGUCAACGGCAGUGCUAACGGAAAUGUCAAGCCUCCGGGCGCCAGCAUCAGCCAGCCGGACCUUACAGAUGACCAAGGUCUUAUCCGCAAGAAGGUGGUAAAGGUGGUACGCCGUGUGGUGAGAAAGGUGCUGCCUACAGAGGAAGAGGAUGCCAGGCGUCCCACUGGGCACGCCCAAAUACCAAGCAGCAAAACGCUUACGGAACCACCGAAACCGGCUGCAGCACUAGCUUCAGUACCCAAGGGCCCCAAAGUUCCCUCGUUCUCCUUCAAGCAUGACAGCAUCAAGACGGAGGACAAAGACGACAUAUCGGCAGGCUUGACGAGCCUCAUGGGGCGCGGGAGGACCAGGGAGCCCCGCCCUCGCACACGCAAGGACGAGCCGCCUGAAAAAGCUGAGCAGGUGGAGAAGAAAGAGAAGGAGGAUGUAAAAGACAGCCCAAAGAUCUCUGAGGUGAAGCCUGAGCUGAAGGAGGCAGAGCCCGUCUUGAAGCGGGAGGCUCCAGUUUCUUCUGUCCCUGCUUCAGCUGCUACUAUUGCCCCUCCCUUAUCAUCGCCUGCAGGUUUCAUCCCAGCCCCCAAAUCCUCCCCCCUCUCCCCUCCUGUAGGUUUUGUACCAGCACCCAAAUCCUCACCCCUCUCCCCACCUGUAGGUUUUGUACCAGCACCCAAAUCCUCACCCCUCUCCCCCCCUGUAGGUUUUGUGCCACCUCCCAAAUCCUCACCCAUAUCCCCAUCUGCGGGUUCUGAACCAGCCCCGAAAACCUCACCCCUGUCUGCUCCUGCAGGUUUUGUCCCCCCUACAAAUGCAGCCCCCCUCUCUCCUCCUAAAGGUUUUGUACCAACCCUCAAAUCCUCUAUAGCCACACCUUCCUCAAGCUCAACUCCGUCACCUAAAUCUUCUACUGUCAUCCCUCCAAGUUCCACCCCAGUCCCCAAAUCCUUAGCACCCUCACUGCCAGCAGGUCCUCCAAAAUCCACACCCAUCUCCCCUCCCACUGGCUUUGUCCCCCCCCCUCCCAAGACGGACCCUUUUGCUCCCCCACCUGGAUUUAUUCCCGCUCCUAAACAACUUUCUGUGACGAAAACGGAGGUUAAGGCACCCUCUGGCCUCUUCUCUGAGAAAGGUCCGUCUGUGAACAUUUCUUCCAAGAGCACCCCCACUGUAAUCAAAAUGGAGGAGCCGCUCAGUCCCACUGAAGAGGCUCAGAGACGCCUGGAGAGGAUCUUCACCGCUCCUCUGGAGCUUGUGGUUACUGCCCCAGUCCUCACAUCUCAGGCCCCGGCCUCGGCCUCGGCCUCCUCAGACCCUCCUCAGGGACAGGUGGAUGAGGACCCCGUGGCCAUCUUGCAGGCGUCUCACGCCGCCGCCCAACAACCCAAGGUGAAGACCGAGGAGCAGAUUGCAGCGGAGCAGGCAUGGUACGGCUCAGAGAAAGUGUGGCUGGUUCACAAGGAUGGCUUCUCCCUGGCAACUCUGGUGAAGACAGAGCCCGGAGCGCUGCCCGAGGGGAAGGUGAAGAUCCGACUGGAACAUGACGGGACAGUACUGGACGUGGACGAGGACGAUGUGGAGAAGGCCAACCCUCCGUCGUACGACCGCUCCGAGGACCUGGCCUCGCUGCUGUACCUGAACGAGGCCAGUGUGAUGCACUCCCUGCGCCAGCGCUAUGGGGGCAACCUCAUCCACACGCACGCCGGGCCCAACAUAGUGAUCAUCAACCCCCUCAGCGCCCCUUCUAUGUACUCGGAGAAGGUGAUGCACAUGUUCAAGGGCUGCAGGCGUGAGGACACAGCGCCUCACAUCUACGCUGUGGCCCAGUCGGCCUAUAGGAACCUGCUCACCACACGGCAGGACCAGUCCAUCGUCCUGCUGGGCAAGAGUGGCAGUGGCAAGACCACCAACUGCCAGCACCUGGUCCAGUACCUGGUGUCCAUCGCCGGCAGCACCGGCAAGAUUUUCUCUGCGGAGAAGUGGCAGGCUGUCUACACUCUCCUGGAGGCCUUUGGGAAUAGUGCCACCUCCAUGAACGCCAACGCUAGUCGCUUCUCCCAGAUCGUCUCUCUGGACUUUGACCAGGCUGGACAGGUGGCCUCCGCCUCCAUCCAGACCAUGCUGCUGGAGAAGCUGAGAGUGACCAAGCGGCCAGAGGCAGAGUCCACCUUUAACGUCUUUUACUACAUGAUGGCUGGAGCCGACAGCACCCUCAGGACGGAGCUGCACUUUAACCACUUUGCAGAGAACAGCGCAUUUGGAAUAGUCCCUCAGUCAAAGCCUGAAGAUAAACAGAAGGCUGCCCAGCAGUUCACCAAGCUGCAGGCGGCCAUGAAGGUGCUGGGUAUUUCUGCCGAGGAGCAGAAGGCUCUCUGGCUCAUUCUGGGGGCCAUAUAUCACCUGGGGGCUGCGGGGGCCACUAAAGAGGCCGACGAAGCUGGCCGGAAGCAGUUUGCCCGUCAUGAGUGGGCCCAGAAAGCAGCCUACCUGCUGGGCUGCACCCUGGAGGAGCUGUCCUCUUCCAUCUUCAAGCACCAGGCUAAGGGGGCGCUGCAGAGAUCCACCUCCUUCCGCCAGGGGCCCGACGAUGCAGGGAGCGGAGACAGCUCAGGUUCAAAGAUCACAGCUCUAGAGUGUCUCGAGGCCAUGGCGUCAGGCCUGUACUCUGAGCUCUUUACACUGGUCAUCUCCCUCGUCAACAGAGCUCUCAAAUCCAAUCAACACUCCCUGUGCUCUCUGCUCAUCGUGGACACGCCGGGCUUCCAGAACCCCCGCAUGGCCAAGCGCCAGCGAGGCGCCACCUUUGAGGAACUGUGCCACAACUACGCCCAGGAGAGGCUGCAGACGCUGUUCCACGAGCGCACCUUUGUCCAGGAGCUGGAGAGAUACAAGGAGGAGAAUAUAGAACUUGCAUUAGAUGACAUAGAGUCCAGUACCUCACUGUCUGUAGCUGCUAUUGACCAAGCCUCCACCCAAACCCUGGGUUACCAGGUGCGGACCCUGGCCCGCACCGAUGAGGCGCGGGGGCUGCUCUGGCUGAUGGAGGAGGAGGCUGUGCAGCCCGGGGGCACAGAAGACACCCUGCUGGAGAGACUCUUCAGCUACUACGGCCCCACGCAGGGAGACAACAAGGGACACACUCUGCUCCUGAAGAGCGAGAAGCCGCAUCACUUCCUGCUGGGCCACAGCCACGGGACGGACUGGGUGGAGUACGACGCGCAGGGCUGGUUGAGCCACGCCAAGCAGAACCCUGCUUCCCAGAACGCUGCCACUCUCCUGCAAGACUCCCAGAAGAAGAACAUCAGCGGCCUGUUCGUGGGUCGUGGCGGGGGGGCCACUGUGCUGUCAGGCUCCAUCGCGGGGCUGGAGGGGGGCUCCCAGCUGGCACUGCGUCGCGCCACUAGCAUGAGGAAGACCUUCACCACGGGCAUGGCCGCUGUCAAGAAGAAGAACCUCUGCAUUCAGAUCAAGUUGCAAGUGGACGCUCUGAUUGACACUGUUCGGCGGUCCAGGGUCCACUUCGUCCACUGCCUUCUGCCCAAGGUGGAGGCGGUGGGGCUGGCCGGCGAGCCCAGGGUGGCCCACGGCGAGAGCUGUGACUCGGGCCUCAUGCAGCUGGACGUGGGCCUCCUCCGGGCUCAGCUCCGUGGUUCCAAGCUGCUCGACGCCCUGCGCAUCUACAGACAAGGUUACCCUGAUCACAUGGUCUUCUCAGAGUUUCGCCGGCGCUUCGACGUGCUGGCACCCCACCUGACCAAGAAGCACGGCCGCAACUACAUUGUCAUGGACGAGAAGAGGGCUGUGGAGGAGCUGUUGGAAUCACUGGAACUGGAGAAAAGUAGUUUCCACAUGGGCCUUAGCAGAGUGUUCUUGAGAGCGGGCACCCUGGCCAAGCUGGAGGAGCAGAGGGAUGUCCAGACCAGAAGAAACUUCACCCUCUUCCAGGCCUCCUGCAGAGGAUACCUGGCCAGACAGGCCUUCAAGAAGAGAAAGAUUCAGGACCUGGCCAUUCGCUGCAUCCAGAAGAACAUCCAGAAGAACCGCGGGGUGAAGGGCUGGCCCUGGUGGAAGCUCUUCACCACUGUGCGGCCACUCAUUGAGGUGCAACUCACCGAGGAACAGAUCCGUGGCAAGGAUGAGGAGAUCCAGUCCCUGAAGGCGAGGCUGGAGAAGGUGGAGAAGGAGAGGAACGAGCUGAGACUCGGCAGCGAUCGCCUGGAAGGCAGGAUCACAGAGUUGUCGUCGGAGCUUGCAGACGAGAGGAACACCGGAGAGUCUGCCUCCCAGCUGCUGGAGUCCGAGACCUCCGAAAGACUGAAACUGGAGAAAGAGAUGAAGGACCUUCAGACAAAGUUUGACUCAAUGAAGAAGCAGAUGGAGUCCAUGGAGAUGGAGGUAAUGGAGGCACGACUCCUCAGAGCCUCUGAGCUGAAUGGCGAGUUGGACGAGGAUGACACAGGGGGAGAGUGGAGGUUGAAGUACGAACGGGCCAUCAGAGAGAUUGAGUUCACCAAGAAGAGACUCCAGCAGGAGUUUGAUGACAAACUGGAGGUGGAGCAGCAGAACAAACGACAGCUGGAGAGGAGGCUAAGUGACCUCCAAGCAGACAAUGAGGAAGUGCAGCGGACGGCACAGCAGCUGAAAAAGAAGUGCCAGCGCCUGACGGCAGAGUUGCAGGACACCAAGCUGCACCUGGAGGGCCAGCAGAGCCGCAACCACGACCUGGAGAAGAAGCAGAGGAAGUUUGACUUGGAGCAAAGCCAGUCCCAGGAAGAGGUGCAGAGAGAGAGGACCCAGAGGGAGAAGCUGAGUCGGGAGAAGGACAUGCUGAUUGGAGAGGCCUUCAGCCUGCGACAGCAACUAGAGGACAAGGACCUGGAGAUGUGUGCUCAGAACUUGAAGCUGGAACAGCUGGACGCAGAGUUGCAGGACCUGUCCUCCCAGGAGACCAAGGACGAGGCAUCACUUUCCAAGGUCAAAAAGCAGCUCCGUGACCUUGAGGCUAAGGUUAAAGACCAGGAGGAGGAACUUGACGAGCAGGCUGGAACCAUCCAGAUGCUGGAGCAGGCUAAGCUGCGUCUGGAGAUGGAGACUGAGAGACUCCGGCAGACCCACUCCAAGGAGAGCGAGAGCAAAGACGAGGAGGUGGAGGAGAUCAGGCAGUCCUGCAGCAAGAAGCUCAAGCAAAUAGAGGUCCAGUUGGAGGAAGAGUAUGAUGACAAGCAGAAGGUCCUGAGAGAGAGAAGGGACCUGGAGGCCAAGCUCCUCCUGGCUCAGGACCAGGUGUGCCACAGAGACGUGGACACUGAGAAACGCCUGAGGAAGGACCUGAAGCGCACCAAGGCCCUGCUGGCUGACGCCCAGAUCAUGCUGGACCACAUGAAAAACAACGCCCCCAGCAAGAGAGAGAUCGCCCAGCUCAAAAACCAGCUGGAGGAGUCUGAGUUCACAUGCGCAGCUGCAGUCAAGGCCCGGAAGUCCAUGGAGGUGGAGAUUGAAGACCUGCAUGUACAGAUGGAUGACAUCUCCAAAGCCAAACAGGCUCUGGAGGAACAGUUGAGCAGGCUGCAGAGGGAGAAGAACGACCUGCAAUCUCGUAUGGAGGAGGACCAGGAAGACAUGAAUGAGCUGAUGAAGAAGCAUAAGUCAGCUGUUGCCCAGUCCACCCAGAACCUGGCCCAGAUCAGCGACCUGCAGGCCCAGCUUGAGGAGGCCCUCAAGGAGAAACAGGAGAUCCAAGAGAAGCUCCAGGCCAUACAGAGCCAGCUGGAGUUCCAGGAACAGUCGAUGGUGGAGAAGUCCUUGGUCAGCCGGCAGGAGGCCAAGAUCCGUGAAAUGGAGACCAAGCUGGAGUUUGAGAAGACACAGGUCAAACGUCUGGAGACCCUGGUAGCACGCCUGAAGGAGAACCUUGAAAAGCUGACAGAAGAACGCGACCACCGCAGCACCAGCGAGAACCGAGAGAAGGAGCAGAAUAAGCGUCUUCAGAGGCAGAUCCGGGACAUCAAAGAGGAGAUGGGAGAGCUGGCCAAGAAGGAGGCUGAAGCUAGCCGCAAGAAACAUGAGCUGGAAAUGGAUAUAGAAAGUUUGGAGGCAGCCAAUCAGAGUCUGCAGGCGGAUCUCAAGUUGGCUUUUAAAAGGAUUGGUGACCUUCAAGCUGCCAUUGAAGAUGAGAUGGAGAGCGACGACAAUGAAGACCUCAUUAACAGUUUACAAGACAUGGUGACAAAGUAUCAGAAACGAAAGAACAGAACUGAGGGUGAGUCAGACACAGACUCAGAGGUCGAGGGCCGUGUGGAUGGGGUGAAGUCCUGGCUGUCCAAGAACAAGGGGUCUGCCAAGAACCUCUCAGAUGACGGCAGCCUCAAGAGCUCCAGAUUUGCUGUAAACGUAGACGCAAAGGAAGGGAAAGAGUGGAAAGAGGGUAAGGAAUGGAAAGAGGCUAAUAAAGAGGGCAAAGAGGUAGAGCAGGGCAGGCCUGUGUCUGUGAUGAGUUCCCUGAGCUACAGGAAGCGCACCAACCUCAAGGAUUCUAUUGGAGGCCAGGGGGAUGACAGUUCCCUUUUCAGCACCCUGAAGGACAACUCCAACCCCCAGGAGCCCCUCUCCUCUUUCCGCAAGGCCAAGCCCAAGGCUUCGGACCCCCAUGAUGACUCAUACUCUGUCAGUUCCUGGAGGAAGUCACAGGCCGGAGAGGACAUGGAUGAUAGUGGUUCGGUCAUUUCCCAGGCAUACUCCGAGGCCACUAGCCGAGCCAGAAAAGGUCUGGAGAGCCGCUGGGGCGAUUUUGAUAAGGAGUCCUGCGUGUCUUCCAUCCCGCCCAGCAGGGUGUCCACGCGUCGCGGCCUCAGCCCAGACGACGACGCCAAGUCCACCUUCAGCCUCCGUCUCUCCAGCCCUCUAGGGCGCCAUCGAAGCGCCUCGCGCUUGGACAAGGGGCGCGGUGGUGGCGAGUCAUACACACGCAGCCCCAGCAGUCCCUGUCUAAGCAGGCGUUCGGGGGGCCGCAGCCCCGGCAGCGUGAGCCGUGUGGGGUCUCGCAUGUCGCAAAGCUGCCGCCUCAGCGAGUUUGACGACAUGGACGACAGCCGGAGCAUGGCCUUCAGCGAACGGUCCUCAGCAGUUUACAGUCCACACUCCUCGACCGGCCGCAGCCUCUCCAUGCCUCCUCCCCGCGCUCGCUCCUCAGCCGGGGCCGGCGAACUACUGGACACCUCCGACGUGAAGCCUGUCAGCCACCGCAACUACCUGGACCCGGACCUGGAGAAGGCCAUCAAUGAGGUGCUGAGCUUCAAGCCCAUCAAGUUCAAACGGACCAGCCUGGAAGACUCAGAGGGGGAAGUAGAGAAAGCUGCAGAUGAUGAUGAUGAUGACGAGCGCAAGAGCGUGCGCAAUACCGACAGCGGGCGUGGCGGCAGCAGCCUCCGACGCUCUGCGUCCGCCCUCGACUGCCGUCCCUCCAGCAGCAUGAGCAGCCGCAGUCGCAGCAGCAGCAGGAAGAAAGGUAAGAGCAAGAAGAAGAAGAGGAGCCACAGUUCUGAGUCAGACAGCUCAGACGAUGGCCGCCGCAAAAGGAGCAGCUCUAAGAAGAAGGGCAAGAAGUCCAGGAAGAAGUCCAGGAAGAGGGACGAGACCUCUUCGUCAUCCUCCUCUUCCACCAACUCUGACUCGGAGUCUGGAUCGAGCUCUGGAGCUUCCACUAUCUCCUAUAAGAGCACCAACAGUGUUAAGAGAGCCCCAGGUCGUCAGGCAUCAAGCCCAGAGGGGGAGGGGGAGGUCGGGCUGCCAACCGAAGGGCAACCCCCUAACAAGAAGGAGGAGAAGAAGAGAAAGAAGAAAGUAGACAACCUGAUGAUGAAGUACCUGUACAGAGCCGACAGUGACUGAGGCACGCAUCCACCUAGCAGAAGACGCUUCUGUCAAGACAGAUCUGACGAAGAAGAGAAAGAAGAAAAAGAAGGCGGGGCAUCUCGUGUGGGGUACCGUUCCCGUUACACACGCGGCAGCUAUCUAAACAACAGCGAUGACGAGGACAAGCCUUCAGAGACUACAGCGUAGUUGCACACAUACUAUAGCCCCUAGUGCUCUCCCAAUGUAACUCGCUACGUUUUCACAGUAAUUGGCCUUGCAUGUGGAGAUGAAUGAAUCCAACUCGCUGUGCUGUGAUCACAGUCAAACAGUCACACACCACACACCCAUACAAACUAACCAAUACACAUGCACACCCUUACAUCCAUUUUACCGUACUUCUUCAAUAAAGUAUUGACACUAUUAUAAUUGAACCUGUUACCAAUACUCUUCCACAAAGUUUGCUAUGCUGAGCUCCUCAAUGGGUUUGAGUGCCAUAUUGCAUCAAUUGUUUCAACACUGAUGCCUUCUCCCGCUUUACACUCCAGUACUCUUCGUCUUUCAGCUCUGAAGUAACAUUUCAAUGGUCUCCUCCAUUUGAACACCAUUGGUAAUGACUUGUCUGAUGGCUGCAUGCAGAAAGUCUUCUUGGUAUAGGCCUCUCUUUCUCUCACUCUCUUUUUCUUGCCAUUGUGGUUGUACCUGAGCCAAAGAACUGAGGGUUCCCCUGUGUUUAGUUUUUUGGGUUGUUUUUCGAAGCAUAAGAUUACAAAAAAAACAAACGAAAAAAGUACCAAAAAAAGCCUUUGUUGCAAGUAUGUGCUGUAUAUGCUCACUCCUGGUAAAAAGCCUAUAUUUUUGGGGACAAAUGCCAUUGAUUUAAGUCGUCCUCAACAGCUGGCUUCCUCAACAGCUGUGUUUGGAGCCCUGUUGUUUUGCAGCUAUACCACACACUUAAUACUAUAUGCUAAGUUUAUAUAUAUUUUUUUUUUUAAUGGAUUUAGCUUUUAAAUUUUUGGAAAGGGGUAAGAAGAGACGAGGCAGCCUUACUAACUGCUCAAUGAUAAAAGUUGAUUUUUUUUUUUUCUUCAAAAGGACUGCUUGAGAAGUAUAAUGUGUUUGGAUAGUGCCACUGUAAAUGUAAAGUAAAAAAAAAGAAGGCAUUUCCGAGGUUUGAGCUUGCCCUAGAGAAAUGCCUUGUCUGAUCAUUUUUUUCCAACUUGAAUUGAUGAAGUAUAAUACUUUGCUCAAAUACUUUGAAGAUAAAGAGUCUUUGGCUCAGCAGUUUUUUCACAGUCUUUCUAGUUGUUAUCUUUUUUUCUGCUUUUCCCCCCCACUUGAUGCACUCUGGUAUCCAAAGGGAAUGUGGUAUACUUGACACUAGGCACCAACCUGCAACCUGUUUGAUCAUUUCUAACUCCUAACUGCACCUUUUCACUGACAAGGCAAUAGGGUAUCAUUAGCCUGGUUUUAAAGGUCUUCUGGUAAUGACAUCACCCCCUUAACUGGAAACACUCUCAAUAAUGAGCAUUUCAUUUGCGUCUUUCAUGAUACCCCAAAGACGCUUAUCGUAAAAUCAUAAUACUGGAUAUCUGCUACUAAACUGAUACUAUGAAAUUAUUUUCAGUGUCUAGACUAUUUGUGCAGGAUUCAUCAGUGUUUUAGUCCAACCCUCAGCAUAGGAGGAUGAUUUAACAAAAGGGGAUUCAAAUAAACCAUGCUUUUAUGAUUGCUUAGUGAUUGAUUAAACUAUUUGGCGCACACUCUAGUAUUUAUGAAUUAGCAAUUAAUAAAUUGAUUUGGCUUGCCGAAGUCCUUAUUAUCUCUACGUGCUGUUUAGGUCUUCGAGUAUUUUGUUGAAGGGAGAAGUUUGGUCAGAUUGUAAAUGCUUUUUAUAGACACACGCGUCUAUCGCUCCACAUAUUCUCUAUGCAGUCACAUACCGUUAUUUUAAAGGAGUUUAUGAGCUUGUCAACUCUCAGGUUUCUAACUAAUUGAAACACCUGUCAAAAUAAACAAUUAACAAAAAAUGUCAUGUGCAAACAUUACAUGCUGACUGUACACAUUCAUAUUUAUAUAUAAAUAUCUUUAUGAUUCAUGCUAGCUUUCAAAAUAGUUCAUGUUUAUUUUCGUUAUUAAACAAAUGACCCUUUGUUAUAAGUAAUAAUUUUGCAUUACAGUUUAAUAUAUUGUAAAUAAAUGAUGGUGAUUGUUUUAAAAUGCCUCCAAACCUCAGUUUUAUUGUGUGGGUGUUCUCAUUAUUAUAUCAACUGAGGUGUUAAUAAGCAUUCUCUAUGGGAAUUUUCAUGCUUUUAUUUUCUAGACCUGCAAUGUGCAUAUUAGUAGUCGUAUUACCCGUAAACAUUGCUGGAGGGCUUGCAGCUGAUGAAAAGAAAUGUAACGACUUCUGUUGUCUUCUGAUGCAUACACUUUGAUGUUUUCACUAGCUUGGAAAAAUUGUGAAAGGUACACCUGACUCUGACUUUAAGCUCUUCCCAGUAUCAACAUGAGUUCCUCAUCAACAUUAUCUUUGUCUUGUUCUCAAAUAAACACUCUCUGACAAC